AUGCCAACUAAGGAAUAUUCAGUUGUUGAACAGCUAAAGAAAACUCCUGCUCAAAUUUCCUUAAUGGCCUUAUUGAUGAAUUCUGCAACUCAUAGGAAUGCUUUGGUGAAGGUUUUAAAUGAAGCUUAUGUUCCAGCUGAGACCACUAGUUUGGGACAUAACAAAGCAUUGAACAUUACUGUCAGAUGUAGUGAUAAGUUUAUUUCAAGAGUUCUGAUUGAUAAUGGUUCAGCUGUUAACAUAUGCCCUUUCACUACUCUUCGAGCUUUGGGAAUCGACAUCAGAAAGAUUCGUGAAAGUCAUGUAAGGGUUAGAGGCUUUGAUGGGACACAAAGGGGAGUUAUUGGAGAAAUCGAUCUGCCAUUGCAAAUUGGACCUGUGGAGUUCAUUGUGGAAUUCCAACUGUUGGAUAUAUCUGCUAGUUAUAAUUUAUUACUUGGAAGGCCAUGGAUUCAUAUGGCUGGUGUGGUCCCUUCCACUUUGCACCAGACUUUGAAAUUUGUUUGGAACCAUCAGGAAAUUGUUGUUCAUGGGGAAGGUAACAACUCAAUAUAUCCUGAAAAUUCAGUCCCUGUUAUUGAAAGUAUGGAAGAGUUAGAUGGGUCUGUAUUCCAAGUUAGGGAAAUUAUGUGUGCUACUCACGCUGGAAAGGCAAAUUUGCCACGUAUGCUUAUAAUGGUGGCUUGGGAAAUGUUGAAGAAUUGUUUUAUCCCGGGUCAAGGUGUUGGAGCGAAAUUGGAUGGAAUAGUGGAACCAAUUCAAUUGCCUGGUCAGAAAUACACCUUUGGUCUUUGAUACGAGCCUACUCCUGAAGAAAUCUCAUCGGCUAAUCUCAAAAGGAAAAGUGACAUUCCCUUACCACAACCUAUCCCGCCCUUGAAUCAGUCAUUUUCCAAGGCGUUUGCUGCACAAGGAUUAGAAGAAGCUGCUGAAGAUAACCUCACAGAAGAACUCAAAAAUUUGUUCAU